UUUUCUUUACGUAUUAUUGCAGAGACUUUGAGAAAAUACCCACCUGUUUCAUUAUUGAAUCGCACUUGUACUAAAGAAAUAGUUCUACCGACAACGAACAUUCACUUGCCAAAGGGGACAUUAAUAACUAUACCGGUAUUUGGACUGCAUCGAGAUCCAUCAAUAUAUCCAGAUCCAGAUAAAUUUGAUCCUGAACGAUUUAACAGAGACAAAGUAGCAGAAAGGCAUCCUUAUGCUUAUUUGCCAUUCGGGGAAGGCCCACGAAACUGCAUUGGUAGGGACAUGAAUUAAAUUAUUAUUGCAUUUCAUUUAUACAGAAUG